UCUACGCUUCCAUUCAUAAGCUGCGCGCGUGCCUUCCUGCUUCUGUUUGAUCUCCAGCCUGUUCCCGAGGGCGGCACCUGCGGCCUCGUCUGCGCUCCCCGCCGCUUUGGCUCAACUUCUCCCCUUCUGCUGCUGCUCUUGGACGCCGCUCGCCGGGGACUUGGAUCUCUGCAGAGUACCAGGAGCAAGCCUUCCUCUCCUUGCGCGCCGAUUUGGAGUCCCGGCUAUUAUGGCUCUCCGCCUCCUCAUCUCCGGCUUCCUGGCGCUGCUGUGCGCCCAGCUGGCUGAGCUGGCUGGCGUCUUCGAACUUCAGGUGCACUCCUUCACCACGAGCAGCCUGCGGAGCUUCUGCCACGGCGGCCAGCCCUGCCGCCUCUUCUUCCGCGUUUGCCUGAAGCACGCCCAGGCCGUGGUUUCUCCAGAACCCCCCUGCACCUUUGGGGCAGCCUUGAGCGACAUCGUCCCUGCUGACCGGAACGCCGUGGCCACCAGCGGGCCCAUCCGGGUCCCUUUCCACUUCAAGUGGCCGGGCACAUUUUCCCUCAUUAUUGAAUCCUGGAGGGCAGAAUCAGGAGAGCCAUCGACAGAGGAUGCCCAGAGGUUGAUCAGUCGCUUGGCUACACGCCGCCGCUUGGCUGUGGGUGAGGAUUGGUCGCAAGAUGUACAGCUGGGAGACCAAAGUGAGCUGCGUUACUCCUACCACGUCACCUGUGAUGAGCACUACUAUGGGGAAAGCUGUUCAGACUACUGCCGGCCACGGGACGAUACCUUUGGGCACUACACCUGUAAUGAACUGGGCAGCCGAAUCUGCCUGGCAGGGUGGCGGGGCGAAUACUGCUCUGAGCCAAUUUGUCUGCCUGGCUGCAGCAACAGCCAUGGGUACUGCGAGAAACCUGGAGAGUGCAAGUGUCGUAUUGGCUGGCAAGGGCACUUCUGCGACGAGUGCGUCCGCUACCCAGGCUGCCUCCAUGGCACCUGCAUGCAGCCGUGGCAGUGCACCUGCCAAGAAGGUUGGGGCGGGCUCUUCUGCAACCAAGACCUCAACUACUGCACCAACCACCGCCCAUGCAAGAAUGGCGCCACCUGCACCAACACAGGCCCAGGGAGCUACACCUGCAGCUGCCGGGCUGGUUUUGCGGGGACGAAAUGCGAGAUCGAGACCAACGAAUGCGACAGCAACCCUUGCAAGAAUGGAGGCAGCUGCAAUGACUUGGAGAAUGACUACAAAUGCACCUGUCCUCAAGGUUUCUACGGCAAGAACUGCGAAGUCAGUGCUAUGACCUGCGCCGAUGGGCCUUGUUUCAAUGGUGGGACCUGUGUGGAGAAACGGAUUGGUGGCUACACUUGCCACUGCCCAAUGAAUUACCACGGUUCCAAUUGUGAGAAGAAGAUAGACCGGUGCAGUAAUAACCCGUGUUUGAACAGUGGACACUGUCUGGAUCUGGGCCGCAGUGUGAUCUGCAAAUGCCGUCAGGGUUUUGCUGGCCCUCACUGUGAAUUGAAUAUAGAUGAUUGCGCAGGGAACCCCUGUGCUAACGGAGGCACAUGCAUUGAUGGCCCAAACAGCUACACCUGCUCCUGCACCCUGGGCUAUGGCGGAAAGGACUGUGGUACCCGCAUGGACGCUUGUGGCUCCAACCCUUGCCUGAAUAGUGGGACCUGCUACACCCACUUCUCGGGCCAUGUCUGUGAGUGUUCGUCUGGCUACAUGGGUUCCAGUUGUGAGUUCAAAGUUCAGGUUCCCACCCCUGUUAGCAGCCAGCAGAUGGCUGAAGGCCCUUUUCCUGUUGCCCUGGCAGUUUCCUUUGCUCUGGGGCUCAUGACGUUGGUGCUUGCGGCAUGUGCCGCCGUGGCUGUGCUUCGGCAUAUGAGGCAGGGCCGCAAAGCUGUGAAAAGCAGUGUCCGCAAUGACCUAGCAACCAUCAACAACCUCAAGGAGAGAGAUGGCUUCCUCAUCUCCCCUGGGCGCUUUAAGGUCUCAAACAAAGACAGCCGAUUCAGUGGUGACCAGUUCAACUGCAAGAGGAAGUUGCUGGAUCAGAGCUGUGAGUCUGUCUGCAAGAAGAAGCUGGAAAAUAAAAAAACUGAGCCCAUCCGGUCCAUUGCUCCUGCUGGAUACCCCAAAGAAGGCACCUACCACCCCAUCUAUAUCAUCCCAGACCAGAUGGAGCAGUGCAUUUAUGCAACCGAGGUAAUGAAUAUAUUCUCACCCCUCCAACCUGCCCACUCUGUUACCCUGUAACUAGCUUGGGGUCAGAGAUGCCAUACAGAUCAAAUGGUCAUGUAAGGUUCUUCCCCCAGGUUCACAGCUGAUGGUAUAACUAUACAUAAUCCAAUAGCAGAAUCAGAAAAUGUGCCAGUUCUGUCAUGCCCCAGGACUCAUGUUGUCAACUUAUUAAACACAAGCAGGGCCCCACAACAAAACGUUGCCUGUUCCAGGGGGAAGCAGCCUUCGAAGCUCUGCCUGCUCAGGCAGGAGAUUGCCCAGAGCAAGUGUUGGCUGAUAGAAGAUUGAGUGAAUGGGCGCAUGCCUUUACAGCCAUACCUUGGAUCCCGAACACCUUGCAAGUCAAACGUUUUGGCUCUUGAACGCUGCAAACCCAGAAGUGAGUGUUCCGGUUUGCAAACGUUCUUUGGAACCUGAAUGUCCGAUGGGGCUUCUGCGGCUUCUGGUUGGCUGCAGGAGCUUCCUGUAGCCAAUCGGAAGCCAUGCCUUGGUUUCCGAACAUUUUGGAAGUUGAACAGACUUCUGGAAUGGAUUCCGUUCGACUUCCAAGGUACCACUGUAUAUCUUGGCUUCCUUUUCUCUAUCCACCUUUUCAAGACAAAUAAUUUCACGCCUCCCUCCCAUCUUUCAUUUUCUGCCUCCUUUCUUAUUUUUAACAACAGUCACGCCUCUUAGCCAGAGUUGCAGGUAAAAAACCAACAGGAAUACUUGCUGAAGCAAUGUCAUUUGGCUGUAUGCAGCUGCCGCUGUGCAGCCUUCCAAUGAAUGCAGCCACAGUCUUCUAAGACUUUAAAAAUCUGCCUGAGUUAACCGCAGCUGCUGAAUGAUAUCUGAGCAGUUUCUUACUAUGCUUUAGGAAUAAAUUAUAAAUUGCUAGAGAAUAAUCUUUUCCCUUGAAAAAUAUUACAUCAUGAAAUACACUGGAAAUCAAGAACCAUCUACAGUUGUUGUUUUUUACUAGCUUGAAAGCCCUAAAGUGGCUCUGCAGAACAUCUUUACCACUAGACCACAUCUCAAGGGGCAACUUCCUUUUCAAGGAAAACACUUUUAGGGUAGAAUUUUAUGAAAAUCUUAAUGUCACACUAAUCCACACAGAUUUUUUUUCUAAUCCCCAUCUUGCACUUCAAUUUCAUUGAAAAGCAAGUUAUUUUUUUACUGGUUCCGCUAAAAAUAUGAAAAAUUCUCACAUAUUAUUCAUAUUAUCAUAUGCAUAUACAUUCCAGGUUUCCUAAAGUAACCAGCACAUAUUUAUUGUAUGUAUAUGUUUGUGUAAAUAUGUCUCAUACAUACAUUUUGCAUACAAUUAUUUGGGCUUUUGAAAAACAGCAACACGACAAUGCAUGAAUGGCUCUGACAUAGGCACUCAAUGCAAAGGCGCUCCAACGCAGGAACUGCCAAAUCAUGUGUAAAUCCUCUUGCAUCUCUGACCACUUUCUGUUAGCCCCGAAUUGCUCAGAGCAAUGCCAUUGCAAUUUUCUGCCAAGAUAGCACACAUCUCCCUGAAGCUGUAGUUCACUGCUCCUUGCUCUGCAUCCAACCUGCAUGCUCUGUCCUUGGUCCUGACACCUUUGCUCAUCAUCCCUGAUUCUUGCUUCGGAUUGCUACCUGCCAAGCUACCUACUUGACUGAUGCCGUGAACUCUUGAGAUAUAGUGAGGGAUUAUCCAUGUUAACAGUGUGAGAAUUAAAACUAAUGGAAACAAAAUCACACUUUCUAAUACACUAAAUAUUGUGCAAACCAAAUACAACUACAGUGGUACCUCGGGUUACAAACACUUCGGGUUACUGACUCUGCUAACCUGGAAGUAGUACCUUAGGUUAAGAACUUUGCCCCAGGAUGAGAACAGAAAUGGGAGGCCCCAUUAGCUAAAGUGGUACCUCAGGUUAGGAACGGUUUCAGGUUAAGAAUGGACCUCCAGAACGAAUUAAGUUCAUAACCAGAGGUACCACUGUAUGCCAUUGAUAUAUUUUAAAAAUAUACAACCAUGUCAUGUUUCUUUAUUCAAGCCCUGCAGAAAACAACAUACGUAAGGUAUUCAAUCUUGGUGCUGUAACUGAUCUUUGAAAAUAUUUUUAAGGUUGAGGCCAAAGUGCCUAUGAAAAUGGAAAUGUUUAGGCAACAGGUUCUGAGUUUCCAGUUUUAAAGUUUGGCUACCCUUCAACUGCAGUCCUUGUUUUGGUCAUUCAGUGUAAAAUUCUAAAAGGCAUUUCUGAGAGCUGGUGGUAUAAACAACAUUGGAGAUGUGUAUCUGACUGAGCUAGUCUCAUGUGAUUGCUGUCGUGAGGUCCACCCUGUCACUCCCCAAACUUGUACACCAAACAAAUCUCUGCUCCAAAGCUUUUUCCAUCUUUUUCCACAAAAAUAGCCAAGGUGUUCAUCCCAUUGGAAGCCACAGAUUGCAAUAACAAAUUUAAUCCUUCCUCCACAGAGUUGAAAUGGAUUACUUUAUCCCAGGCUUCCUCAACCUCAGCCCUCCAGAUGUUUUUGGCCUACAACUCGCAUGAUCCCUAGCUAGCAGUACCAGUGGUCAGGGAUGCUGGGAAUUGUAGUCCCAAAACAUCUGGAGGCCCAAGGUUGAGGAAGCCUGGUUUAGUCACCUUAUAGAAAAGAGGAGUGGGCAAGAGUGUUACUAGUCUGAAACCCAUCCAGUAAGUUUUUAAACUGAAUGGUUUUUUUCAUGCAUCCAUGGCCAAUUAAUCUCAGCGAGCCCAUUUGAUAAGCAUUACAGGCAAUGGUAUUAUAAACUAGUAGACUUGAUUGGUACUACUGUGCUUUGGCUGAAUAACAUUCUAUGUCCCUUUAAACGUGUUUGUGGGAGGGAGGCUAUUGGUUUUUCCUUGUUCUUGUUUUUAUCGUGUAUUUUGGGUUCUCAUUUUCUACAUUUACGUGAACUGCCCUGUGAUCUUUGGAUAAAGGGAGGUAUACAAAUUUUAAUAAUAAUGAUAAUGAUAAACCUCUGAAAGUUGAUGGCUAGCAAUAAUAAUGUAUUUCAUUAUUAGCCUACGGGCCAAAAGGAAUGAUCAAUAUCAUUUUGAAGGAUUAAACAAAGUAGCCUUCCCCCCCAUGCCUAUGACCCUAAUAAAAUUAUUAGUCAUAGUGACCAUCAGUAAUGAGUAGCUGCUAACAUAACACCUUGUGUUUUAAAAAAAGAAAACAUGUAAUAUUCAUUUUGGGGCUAUACAUUGCACAUUGCCCCAAAGGGGUUCAAAUUGACCAGAAAAAUCCUUAAGAUAAUGAGAAAAUUGAAGGCAGGGUAUCGCUGAAAAGAUGCUAAACAAACUUUAAAUCUUGUUUUUUAGAUUUUACUUAUGGGCUCAAUCAUUCAGAGUCUGAGUUUUGCUCUACCUUCUGCACAUCAUACAUCUGUGCCCUAUUAAGUAUUAUAGGCAAGUGCUUUACAGUAUAGUCUUAGAGAGAUGUGCACCGAAUCCUGAGUUUUUGCCAAGGGAUCAUUACAUGCAGGAACAAACAAAUCAAUGGACACCCUCAGCAUAGGGUGAUGCUGGAUGGAUUUCCCUGUUUUGUUCAGGAAAGUUAGGCAAGACAUGGAAGCUGUUGAAGUAAAACCAGUAGAAAGGUAUAAUGUGCAACACCAGAUUAAAAUGUGUGAUCAGUUUCAGCAUAUGUGAGAAAGCAGUGGUAACAUGUCUUUAUUUGGGGUUAUCUAUAUGUUGACUUGGUAACCCUUCUGUUAAAAUUCAUCUGUGGGUCAAGAGAGGGGAACUGAAAACUACAUUUUGAAGCCAUAGAAACUAUAAUUCCCUGGUGUUUUGUGUAUGAUGUGAUCAACUAUUGUCUUUACCUUCCAUGGUACAGUCAUCUCUCAACUUACACAGGGGUUAUGUUCCAGGGCUAGUACUUAAAGCCAAAUUUUCAUAUAGUCAAAACACACUCCCUGCACCUCCAAACACCUCUCCCAAGGCCACAUGCACUCUCCCAAGGCUGCUGUACACUCUCCCUGCACCUCCAAAUGCUCUCCCAAGGCGAGUGCAAUGGUGGGUGGGAUUGCCAAUGGUCCGCCCCCCCCCCAAUGCCCACCCUGUUUUUUAUUAUUUUCGGCCAAACACGCAGUGCUGAAUUCGCACAAGUUAAAUGUUAGUUGCAAGUUGACUGUACUUGAAAGAUAGGUUAAACCUAUCAGGUCACACGCACACACACACACCCAAAGUGGUGGAUGUUCUGAACAGAUUGGACAACGUAAUUAUCUUUGGAAGGAUACCAAUGGACCAAGCCAUUGAAGACACAGUUAAAAGGAUGCAUUCGCCAGGUGGGACAAAAGGAUUCAGUUCUUGUAAAGAAGCAUUUAUCAGGUAUCAUACUCCUGCGGAUUAUGGAAGUCCAUGCAUUUGUUAACUAUGAAACAUGACUGAUGUUACAAACAACUGGUUUAUCUAAGCCAAACGUGAUAAAGUGGGUGUGAGGUGCAUGGCAGACAUGUUUCAAAACACAUGAGUAAAAUCUAUUCAGUUCUGUGACUAGAACUGGUGAGGCAAGCUGGAUAGUGGUUUUUAAAGGCGCAAUAAUUUGGGUAAGAACAUUACUACAAGUUUCAGGCAGAGAGAUCCAAACAUAAAUGAAGUACUAGGAUUCUCAAAUUGCAAGUGAAAUGAUCUUCUACCCUUAACAGAAUGGCACAAGUCAUAGCUAAAGGAAGAACCAUAUGCUGAUGACAGAGCUCUGCUUGGAUAGAUGAUUUGACUGCAUAGGGUCAUCAUUUGUCAUUUAGAGAUAUUCUGGACCAUUUGGCCCACUCAGACCAUUUCCUUUGUCAUUAGUGAUGUGCUGUUUAUUUAUCUUUUUACACAAUUAAGGCUGCAUUCUUAUACACACCUACCUGGAAGUAGGAUUGCAGCGGUGUUUUGUUUUGCAGAGUGGCUGGGGCAUAAAUAAUCAAAUCAAAAAUCAAAUCAAAUUCAUUGUUAACAGCCAUGAUGUUAAUAAUUUUACUAGGGUUGUAGGUUUGUUUGUUUUUUAAGCUACUAUGUUUAAUCCUUCCAAUUGGUAUGUUGUAAUGGCCAGCGGCUACAAGCAAGGCAAACCUGACUGACUGAUAUCAGCCACGCCACUUUCAGAUCUGUGGCCAAAUUGGCCGUUUUCUGAGAUUGUUCUCUUAUACUGGGGGGGGGGGAGUGGCUCUCAAUAUUAUCUGAAUAUACAAGCCCCCUCCUUGAUGUUAACUUCUAAUUAAUUUGGACAUCAAUGGGGAUUUUGUGAACGGUGAACAGGUAUUGACUGAUGGCCAAGACCUAGAACAGGCUGUAGCUCACACACCUGGGAUCGCACCCUUGUGUGAUGCAGCCGGUUCUGGGUAUGUUCAAAACUUGCUAUUGGUGAGUUUCACAAUUUAACAUUAUGGGGCAGGAAACACACAGGGGCCAAAAGUGGCUACCUGGCUUUCCACUAUAGCAGCAGAAAGAGGUUUAUUAUACAAGUUAAAUGUGCAUGGCUCCUUUUACACUGAUGUGAUAGAUGAGUUCUACAGGAAGUCUCGACGGUCGAGCUCUUGUACAAAUAAUGUGGGUAAGCCAAAAUAAUUAUUUAUUUUCCUUGAUGCAUGCCUUGAAUGGAUAAAACAAUUUACCCAUCCAUAGUCAUACUUUUGCUGAGAUUAAACCUUUCAAUACUGGUUCAAAGUGAUGUAAUUUCCUUGUAGAAAUAUGUGUAAGUAGCAGAAUAAUACAGGAGUCUAAUUGUCACAGACAAGGAUGGUACAAAAGCUUCUGUUAAAUUUAAAAAAAAAAUGCAAGCCUUAACAUUUCAGGAUCAAGAAUCUCAACAUGAAAUUCUCCAUCCGUGAAUAGAGUGUAUACUGGAACAGGUUAUACCUCCCACUUGCUCCUGGCAGAACAAUGUGAAUCAGCAAACUUUAUCCCUUGUGGUAAGAGGCAAACCCAUGCCCUGCAGUUCUGGUCCUGCCUGUUCCAUGGGGACAGGACAUGCGCAAGGCUCCCCCCAUCACCAUGCAUUAAUUUUUUAGUGCAAUGCCUCAGAAUUUGACCCACAUUAACCCUGAUAUGGAGAAAAAAUACCUACCAGGCCUCACUAGGGCUGGGAGAACUGGGAAAGGCAUACACAGCCAAGACAUCAAGGAGAGCCCAAUGUAAGGCUCAGGUGUGUUGAAAGAGGCAACAGCCCGUGUCCAUUCUAGAAGAUGUAGCAUCCUGAUCAGAGGGUGGCACCUCCAAUCACUCAUUGCCCACUGGCACCAAACCCAUCUGAAGCAUGGCAGUCAUUCCUUUCUCAAUGUUGUCUUUGGUUUUGGUUUUAUGGAGUUCUAGUUUUCUAUGUUGUUUGUAUUUUUGUGUGUAAUGCAUUUUGUGGAUUUGAUUUGAUAUAUAAUUGUUGUAAGUUGCUUUUAGUUUAUUUUCCCCCAAAAAUAAGAUACAUAAUUUUAAAAUAAGUAGAGUGAAGCUCCGCAGGAGUAGGCAGAAGGGCUGCUAUGCAGCAUGAAUUAUGGUCUUUCUCCAUCCAGGGAUUGUAUAACCACUCAUGUAUCAAUGGCCCAGCAGUCUGAGAGCUCUGCCCAUGGAGAUCCUUAGUGGUGGGGAUGGCCCUGGGGUACCUCCCCUACUGGACAGAGAAGAACACCCAGGAAUGAAAUUCCUGCUCCCCUUUUUCAGACAGAUGGCUUUUUUUGGCCCCUAGAUCAAAGUGGUGUCUGGUUCUGGAGCAAGUGGUAGACCCUGCAACCUGGAAAUUCCCCAUCCCGUCUUGGCCAUAUAAUUCCUCUCCCCAAUGCCUUCAGCCAUAAACAGGGACUGGUGCUCACCCCUCAUGUAUAAGGAGUUGUCAAACAUAUGGAAACACUCCCUUCCUCAGCAAUGGAGGAUGCACUCUUGGGCACUAUACUUCCCAAGGAUGGGAGAGAACAAAGUUCUUGUAGGCUUUUGCUAUCUCUAUUUUUUUCUGGGGAACAUCUAUCCUUAUGGCCAGUGAUUUCCCUCAGGAGAACAAAUGUUGCACACAGGCUUGCUGAAGCUUUCUGAGGCUGAUCACUUUAUGGUUCCAAGGUCAACCUUACUCUAGCACUCUGUCAUUUGGGGAGGAAGCUCUGGGGGAAGUGUUGGUAGAAACCAAGAUAAAAAGAAACCUUGCCUUCUGUCCAAGGAGGAAAAGAAUGUAUGACCCGUGAGGUGUCCUAUGGCUUCCUUCACCCCUUGUACACAAUUCUGAUGCAAGGAAACCAGAGGUUCCAAAAUAGAACCUAGACCACUACUGCUAAGCCCACCCCCCAGCAAGUAUAGAACAGGUAGAAUACCUCAGCAGUCAUAAGCUCAAAAGGAGAAAUCAACUGUGGCUGAAAUAAUCAGGGAAGGCUCUCCCUUAGGAAUUGACAUGUUCUCCAAGGGACAGGUUUCUUCUCUUAAAAAGGAUUCAUCAAUUGACUCAACAGUUAAGGUUGUGUGGUUAAUGUAAGAUAUUAUGUUAACAUUCAUGUUGUGUUUGUUUUCAUGUUGUGUUUGUUGAGAGGUGUCAUGUUAUAAAUUUAGUUUCAAUACUGUUGUGUACUCAAAGCACCUCUUACCUCUCAC